AUGGCUCCCUGGCCUGAGGUGGAAAAGCCUGAAACCAAUAACUAUAUUGGGGACUCUUCCAAACAAAACCAGAACAUGUCUGGGAAAGAAGGAGAAAAUCACAAAGGCAACGUGGCUUCCCUUGGAAAUAAAGGGGAAAUUCAACCGGCAUUUUCCACAAUAGCCUUGAUAGAUGAGACAAGGCCGGAAGAAGAGGACCCAUGGGCUCUGCCGGAACUGCAGGACACUGGGGUCAAGUGGUCAGAACUGGAUAGAAAAGGAAAAAUCAUUCGUGUACUCUACGGGAUAGGGAAGUUUAUUAUGCUCCUUGGAUUACUCUACAUGUUCGUGUGUUCUCUGGAUGUAUUGAGCUCUGCUUUUCAACUGGUAGGAGGUAAAGCAGCAGGGGACAUUUUUCAAGAUGAUUCAGUGCUGUCUAAUCCUGUUGCGGGACUGGUGAUUGGAGUUCUGGUGACCGUUAUGGUCCAGAGCUCCAGCACUUCUUCAUCCAUUGUGGUCAGCAUGGUGUCCUCCACACUGCUGACUGUUCGAUCAGCUAUUCCUAUCAUAAUGGGGGCAAACAUUGGCACCUCAGUUACAAACACGAUUGUGGCACUCAUGCAAGCCGGGGACAGGAAUGAAUUUAGAAGGGCCUUUGCUGGGGCAACAAUCCAUGAUUUCUUUAACUGGCUCGCUGUGUUUGUGCUGUUGCCCAUUGAAGUUAUUUCUGGCUAUCUUUACCAUCUCACCAAUGUUAUAGUUGAGUCCUUUCAUCUUGAAAGUGGUGAGGAUGCCCCUGAGCUACUAAAAGUUAUCACAGACCCCUUUACAAAGCUCAUCAUUGAGCUUGAUAAAUCAGUAAUAAAUGCAAUUGCUACAAACGAUGAAUCAGCAAAAAACAAAAGCCUGGUAAAGAUUUGGUGUGUAACUGAAACCAACGUGACACUGCAGAAUGUCACAAUUCCACCUUCAGAAAACUGCACAUCUCCUGACCUUUGCUGGACUGAAGGAAAUCUGACAUGGACCCUCAAGAAUGUAACUGAAACAAAUUAUAUCAGUAAAUGCCAGCAUCUCUUUGCAAACUCAGACCUGCCUGAUCUUGGCAUCGGUCUCAUCCUUCUGGCUUUGUCCCUGCUUGUUCUGUGCUCCUGUUUGGUCAUGAUCGUUAAGCUAUUAAACUCUGUGCUUAAAGGACAAGUGGCGAGUGUUAUCAAGAAGACAAUCAACACUGAUUUCCCAUUUCCUUUUACUUGGCUAGCUGGAUACUUGGCUAUGCUUGCAGGGGCUGGUAUGACCUUCGUGGUCCAAAGUAGUUCUGUUUUCACAUCUGCUAUUACACCCCUUGUUGGCAUUGGCGUUAUAAGCAUUGAGCGCUCUUAUCCCCUUACCUUAGGAGCUAACAUUGGCACAACCACAACAGCUAUACUUGCGGCUUUAGCGAGUCCAGGGAGUACGUUAAAAUAUUCAUUACAGAUUGCCUUGUGCCACUUUUUCUUCAAUAUCUCUGGGAUUCUUCUGUUUUACCCGCUACCUUUUACCCGGCUGCCAAUCCGCAUGUGCAAGACCUUGGGAAACAUAACAGCCAAGUACAGAUGGUUUGCUAUAUUUUAUCUUCUUGUCUGCUUCUUUCUUUUGCCUUUGUUUGUAUUUGGUCUGUCACUGGCAGGCUGGCCAGUCCUUUUGGGUGUUUGCCUUCCCCUGUUUGCUCUUUUUAUUGCUGUGAUUGUAAUUAAUAUUAUGCAGUCGAAGCGACCACAUUCACUGCCUGAGAAGCUCCAAAAUUGGGAUUUCCUACCCAUCUGGUUGCACUCCCUAGAGCCCUGGGACAAUAUCAUUAUGUCUUCGCUCGCCUUUUGUGGGAAACACUGCUGCGGCUUCUGCAAGUGCUGCAAAGUCAAUGCAGAACAGGAGGAUGCCAAAGACAAGCAGCUAAAAACUAUGGAGGUUUAUGAAAACACCAUUGCGAUGGCUGACGAAGAAAGAGGUGGAAGAAGGGCACCAUCUGUAGCUUGUGUUGAAAAAACAGGCACAAACAACACGGCCUUAUAGUAGCGGAUCAACCCCCAUUAGCAGAGAUACAGCAUAGGACAGUCAGGCUCUUGAAAACCACCUUGGGCAAUGCACUGAGGACAGAGGGAACAUUUUGUUAGGUUCCUGCAGCCAGUGAUAUAUCACUCAUCGAGGAAUGGAGUCAAACACGCUUGACAGAGUCCCUAGAAAAUCUAUCAAUCAGUUGAAAAGCUAAUGACAGCUUUGCUUACAGAGGAUGUACUAUGCGGUAUCUUCAUCCAAUGCUAUCAGUAGCAAACAAAAGAAAUCCUGAUGUAGUCCCACGAAGAGGGGGAUGAAAAGAGUGAAGAUCAAUUCAAACUUAAUUAAAAAGCAAACAAACAAUGCAUCUGUAGAACAGCCUUUCUGACCUACCGGCUUAUUCAGCGGAAGUUACUUUAUAAUACUUAAAAAGCUCUGGAAAUGGAAAAAAAUGUGUAAAAAAAAAAAAAAGAAUCCUAAUGUUUUCGUUGGCCUGUUUCCAGUGGUCAAAGUGGAAAAUAGUAGUUUUCCCAAUACAGACAAAAUCUAUUAUAUGUAUGUGAAGGAAACUGAAAUGCUGGGACAUCCUUCAGAAGCUCUGGGAGUCCUGCUCUGGCAUAAGGGUAUGUAUAAGCCCAUUUUGAGCCCUCUUUGUCUCCUUUAACACCGGGGACGGGAGUUAUAAUUUUUAUUAUAUCAAGCUAAAGGCCGUAAAAGUAACUGCUGAUCCCGCUGCCUGAUGAAGGUUAAACUCUGUGUUUGGAGACACUGAGUAGCUACCAAAGGGCUUGAUGGACCCAGGAUGUGGCUGUGUGGCCAUUCCUCUCUCUAGAUGGUCCUCCCCAGUUCUGUUCACCAUGUAACCCUGCAAUCAGAAGAGUGGCGCAGGAGGGAGGACAAGUGGUAAGUGCAGGGGGGGAGGCAGCUGCCCAUGCCUGGGCUGAUGCCAGGAGAUCUGUGUCUCCGUUUGGCUGAGCCACAAAAUGACCUUUCCGAAUAGUGGUGGAGACUGGCUUCAGAGCAACAAAAGAGGGAAACUGGAGAACAGCUUAUGGCUAGCGUGGGACAUAUAGCAACGUUUAGUGGAGGGACAGGAGUGUUCACUCUGCACCAUCACUUUGUGCUCUGAACCACCCUCCUUGGAAAUAAUGUGAAUUUUACUGGCACUUGUAUGUAGCAAUCCAAAUCCCAAAUAAAAUCCGUAGGUAGUGUAGUCACGACCAUGUGUAGACAAUCCACAGGUAGUGUAGCACUUGGUGGGAAGCUGCUUGUGCUCAAAUCUUACCAUUAUUGAUGCUUUAGUAAAUGUUCGUGAGGCUGCUCUGAGUCAUGGGCUGGAAAAAGUCAUGAUUUCAAUGUCAGAAAAAGAGCAUUUCAAAGAUAUGCUGAUUACUUCUGCUGGCCUUCAAUAGCUUAGAUAUCAGUGAGUAUGGCAUAAUAUCUGAAAUCCAACCACUAACGUUAAAAAAAUAAUUAGGUGUCUGAGUGUAGGCCAAGCGUCAGUUAAAGCAAGUUUACAUGGCUGAGUUGUAGGCUAAAUUUGUAAUGGAAAUGCUGAGAAGACCCUUAGUUUAAGAUAGCCACUCAGCGCUGCUAGAGUACAGUGACUUAUCAACAGUUGUUGGGUUUCUGCAGAGCUCUGGAAUCCAGUAGAUUGAAUUUGGCUAUCAGGUAAAUACAUACAUUUUAAAAGUGAAAAUUGUUUUAAUUUACUUUUUUAAACAGACAUUUCAAUGGGCAAACUAUGUUGCUGAAAAUGUGUUUGCAAAUUGCAUUCCUACUGAGAUUCCAACUGUUUCUGUAGUUGGGAGCCAGUGACAAAGUAGUUAGAAUCAGAGUGAAUUUCCAAAAACUUUCCAAAAACAAAUUUCCAAAAGUUUUGGUGUAAUUCUGCUCUUUUGUGGUUUAGUAGCAGAGAACAGGGUUAUGCCAAACUAUUAUUUUAAAAAUUAUUCUCCUUGUCCUUCCUAUAGUUGAAACAGAUUUUGUCAGUAUCUCAUUUUUAAAGUGGAAUUUUGAUAUCUUCAAUAAUUCUUUGUUUUGUUCUCACAGUUCUGGAUGCUUCCAGAUUCUGUUUCUUUAAAUCCCAGCGUGCAUUUCCCAUGCUCUGUUUCUUUGCGAAAAAUAGGAGAAAAAUAUUCAGGAUUCUUUCCAAGUUAUCUCAAGUUUCCAUUGACCACCCAUUGAAACAGGAAACACUUUAAUCUACUUUUACUCAUUUCUUAAGCAACGUGCACCUUGUUCUGCAUCUCGAGGCAAAACCAUCAGGCAUGGUGAUAAUAACUGUGGGAAAGCAGUUCCUACAAAAGAAUCAGGGUAAUAAUUAAUUAUUACUUUAUCAGUACUUUACGGUUCCUCAUUGUAACAUUUCCCCUGUGAUCUAUUCAGUUCUUACUCUCCUCUCCUUGCUCCAGGUGACACUGGGCCAUUGUUUUAGGCAGAUUCUGACAAAAGACUUCCGUUUAACACUUGACAGCACAACAUGUCCUGGCAUAUUUCCCCCCCCUACUUUUACCAAAAGAUAUUUACACUUUAUUUAUAAUUAUUUGAGUGUACAGAAUUUUUCGUAAGUUAUACAGAAAAAGGCUCAUGAUUGUGUUAUAUAUUACAUAUUUGAAAGCUAUGCAAUGUUUAUCUAUAAAAAUGUAAAAAGGAACUACUGUAUAUUUUGUAAUAUAACUUUUCAAAUCGUUUGUAACUGUGUAUACUGAGUAUUAUGGAGGCUGUUGGCUCCAUCAGUAGGUUACGUAAAGAUUGUUAGCAAUGCAGAGACAGAUUUCUCAAAGUAAGGAUGAAAAACACCUACGUACUUUCAUAAUAUGGCUUAAUGCACAAAGAUAUAAAACUCUACUUUUCUAAAAGAUUUGAAUUUUUCUGUAAUGAGGAAUUUUGGAAAUACAAGGUUUCUAAAAUACUUUUGUAAACUCUUCAACACUGUACCUUUUAACUGUUUUGAGGGCAGUA